GUACGGAAAGUACCGGAUCAUUGUCCAAGUUACUCCCCUUUGUUUAUUUACACCAUUUGCAGUGGUUUUCUUUGUAUAAUUUUGUGCAAAACCGCUGAAUCGUGAUGAGCUUAUAGCUUUCUGUCUUGCUUAAAAUGGAUGUCUACCUAUUGCUGCUGUAUGUGACCAAAGAACAGCAGCAUGCCAUUGAGCUGUUGUUUGCUGAGAAACAAUGGCUGUUUUGUAAAUCAGAUUCAGCCCAUCGGAAUGCUCCAAAGAAGAUUGUUGUUGAGUAUGAUUGUUUGGGUGACAGUUCUUCAAAGAUUCGCACAAUCUCUGACUUCAAAGAUUGCAACAUAUAUACAACUCGGCAUGGAAGACUGAUUGAGUUGAACCCACUCAACACCAUAGGACCAGAGAAUGAACUAUCAGUGGUCAGUCAUGCAACACAUUCAGGCUCAGAACAAGAUAAACUAGGUUUCAAGGACUGUACAGUUAAGCUUGAAAGAAUCCAUACUAAAGACGAGGAUGGAAUUUUCAAUAUUAGGAAAAGAGGAAGGCCAAAAAUUAACUGCAGUGGAAAACAAUUAAAAUUAGCUGUCCCUGUCGUAAAACUUAGUAAUACAUUAGACUGUAAUACGGGGGAUAAAAAUGUAAAAGAAUUAGAAUUUAAGGAGAAGAAUGUUACGUUUGAAGGUAAAGAAGAAGUUAAAAUGAAACUUGAUUUGGCCAAUAUGAUGGAAUAUGACAGGAAAAGAGUUGAUAAGUCUGGUGAAGUUCCCAAUUACAAAGACAAUGAGUCUGAUGAUGAAGAUACAUGUAACUUAGGGGGUGACAAUGAUGGUGAUGAUGAUGAUGAGUACGUUCCAAGUGAUGCUGAAGCAAAUGAAUCAGAAGAUGAGGGUAAAAAAGAAGAAACAGAUCCAGAUUAUCAUUAUGGUGACAGAAUUGGCCGGCUGCCAAAAAGGAAAAGGUGUCAAAUAAAGAAGAAAAAUUUAGAUGGAAAAAGUGGGAGAGGAUCUUACUUCUGUGAAAGUUGUAAAAAAACAUACAAGUUCAAACGUAAUUACAUCAGUCAUUUCGAAAAUGGUGUUUGUCAGGGUCCAGUUAGGAGGAAACAGAAAAAGGAUGAAAAUGCAGGUUUAGGUUCAUAUAAAUGUGAGGUUUGUAAGACAAUGUACUCAUACAAGCGGAAAUAUCUUGCACAUUUCGUGGAUGGUAGAUGUAACUGUCAGUGUAAAUAUUGUGACAAAGUAUUAACGAGAAAUACUAUUAGAAAGCAUGUAUUUUAUAAGCAUGAACUAAAUGUGGAACGUUUCCGUUGCAAAAUUUGUAAAAAGCGUUUCUAUGAACAGAACGAAUUGAACAUACAUAUGCAUUUUCACGACUCUGAAAGGAGUUUUGUUUGUGAUUUUUGUGGCAAAGCUUUCUUCAUGUAUAACAAUCUGUACAUUCAUCUGAGAAAACAUAGACAUCAAGUGGAAGGUAAAAAGCCCCACUGUAAUAUAUGCAAUAAAUACUUUAGUGAUGUAAGCUAUUUAGAAUUUCAUAAAAAAGUGACGCAUAUGAAAGUUCGAAACUGCAUUUGUGAGAUAUGUGGAAAGAAGUUCAAAACAGAACGCUGUGUAAAGAGUCAUAUGAGAACCCAUUCUGAUGAACGUCCAUACCAGUGUGAUGUUUGUGGUAAAUACUACAAGUAUACCCACCAGCUAUCGUCCCACAAGAAGAUGUUCCACUCGAAACUGAAAAGGUUCUUCUGUAAAGUCUGCAAUAAAGGGUUUUAUUUUGAAGGCAAGCUGAAAGAUCACAUGAACAUACACAAUGGAAUUCGUGCUCACCACUGCCAAGAUUGUGACUACAGCAGUUUCACUGGAAACCAGUUAGCUAUACAUAAACAGAAACAUAGAAGACCUAAACUCGUAGUUGAACAAAUGGAACAAGGAGCGGAGUUGAAUGACAUUGCUCCUGAAAUUGGUGUUUUAUUGGAAUCGGAUUGAUUAGGAAGCUGGUCCCUGGGUUGUUAAACUACGACAAAGACCAAUCUUCUAAUGAAACAACUUUGUCAUUAAUUAAUAAACUUUUAAGGUAGUUCUUUGAUAAAGCGGAUGUAAUGGUGUAAUGUCAUUUUUCUGGAUAACAUAUAAUAAAACCUGGAUUUGGUUAUGAAAAUUAAAAUCAUUUUAUGAAUUA